AUGACGACGCCCUUGGCAACUGUAGGAAUCCUUUCCAUAGGAGAAAUGGGAACCGGAAUCGCCAAGUUGUUGAUCGCUCAUAACUUCCGUGUUGUGACCAAUCUUGAAGGCCGAAGUAACGAUACCAAGACACGCGCAUUGUCUGCGUCUAUUGAAAUCGUAAAAGACGACAAGACUUUGGUGUCUGCGUCCGACUAUAUCCUUUCAAUUGUUCCGCCUCGCGAUGCUCUCGACACGGCAAGUCGAAUAAGCUCUGCUUUCAACAGCCAGUCUCAGGCGAAGUCAACACCACUCUGUUACUUCGAUCUAAAUGCCAUAUCUCCUCGAAGCGCGAGAGAAAUUGGAGAGCUCUUCGCAAAGAAGUCUCCUGCAAUUCAAUUCCUGGAUGGAGGAAUCAUAGGUGGAACACCACGCCUAAAAGACGACAAAUCACCCAGUACAACUGUUUCAUCCCAUCCUACCACAACAACCGACUGGGCCAAACCUAGCAUUCCCAUAUCCGGACCGCUUUCUCAAACACCACCUUCGUCGUUUGCUACUUUCUCAACAACACUCGGUUUGAAUCAUAUCUCUGAUGACAUUGGAAUAGCAAGUGGGUUGAAAUGCAGCUUCGCUUCACUCACAAAAGGCUUUACUGCUCUGGUACUUCAGUCGUUCACCACUGCCAACAAUCUCGGUGUCCUCCCACUACUUAUUAGCGAGCUAGAACAGAGAGCCCCCGGGCUUCGAAAAGCUGCUAACUCUGUCACUGGUAUGCCGCCAAAAGCUUAUCGCUGGGUUCGAGAGAUGGAAGAAAUAGGAAUAACACAUGCUGAAGAAGGUGGAUUUGUCGGUGCUCCUUCAUCUUCAGGCAAUUCAGGAGUCUUCAAUGAAAUUGCACAGGUGUAUCGCUCAGUAGCUGACGAUACAGUGCUUGGUGACGAGAAGACUGAGCGGAGGAAACGUGGACUUACAAUCGAGGAUGUAGCUACUGCUAUGGGCGAAGGAUUGAGAGCGAAGAGACGAAAGGAAGAGUAG